AGCUGCUGGGCCGGGCCUCCCGCCCCGCCUCCCUCUCCUCUGCCUCCUCCCAGCUUGGUCCGCGGUGCUUCGGAGCCCCCGCCCCUUCCCCCAACAGUGGGGGCGGGGGCCGCGGAGGGUCCCCUUGUCGCCCCACAGGACUGAGGGCCAUUGUGGGGUCGGGCUCAGUCAGCUUUGGCCCUUUUGGAAGAGCACGGCCCUGGUUUCUGCCUCCACCUCCUUUUUAUACCACGAAGAAAACAUGAAGGAAUUGAAAGAGCCCAGGCAGCGCAAAGAUAAUAGGCGUCCAGAUCUGGAAAUCUAUAAGCCUGGUCUCUCUCGACUAAGGAACAAACCUAAAAUCAGGGAACCCUCUGGGAGUGGGGAAUUUAAGGAUAUUGUUAAUCAGAGAGAUUCUUCUGGCAUGGGAAAUGGUACCCAUCUCAUUAAUGUCUGCAAGGAACUGGGCAGCCAACAGCAAAAUGGUCCUAUAGACACAGAAAGUAAUCAGGGACAAGAGUCUUUUCCUAGGACUGCUGGACAGGAGGAUCGAAGUUUAAGAAUUAUCAAGAGAACUAAGAAACCAGACCUGCAGAUCUAUCAGCCUGGACGGCGUUUGCAGACUGUUACCAAAGAACCAGCUAAUCGGGUGGAUGAAGAAGAAAUCCUCAAUCAGGUAGAACAACUGAGAAUGGAGGAAGAUGAGUGUAGGGGGAAUGUUGUAAAAGAGGAAAUUGUGAAUAAACCAGACAAAGCUGAGACAGAAAAGAGCCCAAAUGGUGACAGAGUAAGGGCUGCAAAGGGAGAAAAAGGAAAGAGAAUUGAAAAGGGGGAGGGAGUGAAGAAAGUAAGUGAUGACCUGGUCCAGGGAAAGCCAGGUUCUGCAAAACGCUACUCACGCUCAGACAAACGAAGGAACCGCUACCGCACUUGCAGUACCAGCUCAGCUGGUAGCAACAACAGUGCUGAGGGGACUGGCCUGACGGAUAAUGGCUGCCGCCGCCGCCGCCAGGAUCGGACCAAGGAGAGGCCAAGACUGAAGAAGCAAGUAUCUAUGUCCUCAACGGACUCCUUAGAUGACGACAGAAUUGAAGAACCUGAUGGAUUAGGGCCAAAGAGGAGCUCAGAAAGGAAAAAACAUUCAGAAAGAAACUGGUCUGGCCGUGGGGAGGGUGAGCAGAAAGGCAAUGGUAAAGAGAAUCGAGGUACUCUUCGUGUCACUUUUGAUGCAGAAACUAUGAACAAAGAUUGCUCUGUUCUGAAGUCAGCCAGGGAAGAUGUGGACAGGAUAAAACCUGACAAAGGCUUGAGCUGUGGGGGCAAAGGCUCUGAGAAACAGGAGUCCAAAAACCUGAAACAAGAACUCCGGGGCCAUGGUCGUGGCAUUCUGAUUCUGCCUGCUCAUACCACCCUAUCUGUCAAUUCAGCAGGUUCUCCAGAGUCCACACCUUUGGGACCUCGGCUUUUAUUUGGCUCUAGUAGUAAGGGAUCUCGGAGUUGGGGCCGUGGCGGCACCACUCGCCGAUUGUGGGACCCAAAUAACCCUGAUCAGAAACCCGCUCUAAAGAGCCAAACACCCCAAUUACAUUUCUUGGACACUGAUGAUGAAGUCAGCCCUACAUCUUGGAGUGACUCACGCCAGGCCCAAGCAUCUUACUAUAAAUUUCAAAACUCUGACAAUCCCUAUUAUUUCCCCCGGACACCAGGCCCUACCUCCCAAUAUCCUUAUACAGGCUAUAGCCCGCUACAGUAUCCACUGGGCCCUACAAAUGGUGUAUACCCAGGGCCUUACUACCCAGGGUACCCAGCUCCAUCAGGACAGUAUGUAUGUAGCCCUCUCCCGGCCAGCACCAUGAGUCCUGAGGAGGUGGAGCAGCACAUGAGAAACAUGCAGCAGCAGGAGCUACAUAGGCUUCUCCGGGUAGCUGACAACCAGGAACUGCAGCUCAGCAACCUGCUUUCCAGGGACCGCAUCAGUCCUGAGGGCCUGGAGAAGAUGGCUCAGCUCAGAGCUGAACUGCUACAGCUAUAUGAGCGCUGUAUUCUAUUAGAUAUUGAGUUCUCUGAUAAUCAGAAUGUGGAUCAGAUCCUGUGGAAGAAUGCUUUCUAUCAGGUGAUUGAGAAGUUCAGGCAACUUCUCAAGGAUCCAAAUGUUGAGAACCCGGAACAGAUACGCAACAGACUUUUGGAGCUUUUGGAUGAGGGUAGUGACUUCUUUGAUAGUUUGCUUCAAAAGCUGCAGGUUACUUACAAGUUCAAAUUGGAGGACUACAUGGAUGGUCUUGCCAUUCGUAGCAAGCCAUUACGCAAGACCGUAAAGUAUGCCUUGAUCAGUGCCCAGCGGUGUAUGAUUUGCCAAGGAGAUAUCGCUAGGUAUCGGGAGCAAGCCAAUGAUACAGCAAACUAUGGGAAAGCACGCAGUUGGUACCUGAAGGCCCAGCACAUUGCUCCCAAGAAUGGGCGCCCCUAUAACCAGUUGGCUUUGCUGGCGGUGUAUACGAGGAGGAAGCUUGAUGCUGUAUAUUACUAUAUGCGCAGUUUAGCUGCCAGCAACCCUAUCCUGACUGCCAAGGAGAGUCUCAUGAGCUUGUUUGAAGAGACCAAACGAAAGGCAGAACAGAUGGAAAAGAAGCAACUCGAGGAAUUUGAACUCAACGCUGACCAGUGGCGGAAAGGAAAGAAGUCUACUUUCCGGCAUGUCGGAGAUGACACUACCCGCUUGGAGAUUUGGAUUCAUCCAUCUCAUCCUCGGUCGUUCCAAGGCACUGAGUCUGGGAAGGAUUCUGAUCAGGAGAAUGGGCUGGGCAGCCUGAGCCCCAGUGAUCUGAACAAAAGGUUCAUCCUCAGUUUUCUCCAUGCCCAUGGGAAGCUGUUUACCCGGAUUGGGAUGGAGUCAUUCCCUGCAGUGGCUGAGAAGGUUCUGAAGGAGUUCCAGGUGUUGCUGCAGCACAGCCCCUCUCCUAUUGGAAGUACCCGCAUGCUGCAGCUUAUGACCAUCAACAUGUUUGCUGUGCACAACUCCCAGUUGAAAGACUGCUUCUCAGAGGAGUGUCGCUCUGUGAUACAGGAGCAAGCUGCAGCCCUGGGCUUGGCCAUGUUCUCCCUCCUGGUGCAGCGCUGCACCUGCUUGCUUAAGGAGUCUGCCAAAGCUCAGCUGUCCUCUCCUGAGGAUCAGGACGACCAAGAUGACAUCAAGGUGUCUUCCUUCGUCCCAGACCUAAAAGAACUGCUUCCCAGCGUGAAAGUCUGGUCUGACUGGAUGCUCGGCUACCCAGACACCUGGAAUCCUCCACCCACGUCUCUGGAUUUGCCCUCGCAGAUUGCUGUGGAUGUGUGGUCGACACUGGCUGAUUUCUGUAACAUAUUGACUGCGGUAAAUCAGUCUGAGGUGCCACUGUACAAGGACCCGGAUGAUGACCUCACCCUUCUUAUCCUGGAAGAGGAUCGGCUUCUCUCAGGCUUUGUCCCCUUGCUGGCUGCCCCUCAGGAUCCCUGCUACGUGGAGAAAACCUCGGAUAAGGUUAUUGCAGCCGACUGCAAAAGGGUCACAGUGCUGAAGUAUUUUCUGGAAGCCCUUUGUGGACAAGAAGAGCCUCUGCUGGCAUUCAAGGGUGGAAAAUAUGUGUCAGUGGCACCCGUCCCAGACACCAUGGGAAAGGAAAUGGGAAGCCAAGAGGGAAAACAACUGGAAGAUGAGGAGGAAGACGUGGUGAUUGAAGACUUUGAGGAAGAUUCAGAGGCCGAAGGCAGUGGAGGUGAGGAUGACAUCAGGGAACUUCGGGCCAAGAAGCUGGCUCUGGCCAGGAAGAUAGCUGAACAGCAGCGUCGCCAAGAAAAGAUCCAGGCUGUCCUGGAGGACCAGAGUCAGAUGAGGCAGAUGGAACUCGAGAUCAGACCCUUGUUCCUCGUACCAGACACUAAUGGGUUCAUCGACCACCUGACCAGCUUGGCACGGCUGCUGGAGAGCAGGAAGUACAUCCUGGUGGUGCCCCUCAUCGUGAUCAAUGAGCUCGACGGCCUGGCCAAGGGACAGGAGACAGACCACCGGGCUGGGGGCUAUGCCCGUGUGGUACAAGAAAAGGCCCGAAAGUCUAUUGAGUUCCUCGAGCGGCGAUUUGAGAGUCGGGACUCUUGCCUGCGUGCCCUGACCAGCCGUGGUAAUGAACUGGAAUCCAUCGCCUUCCGCAGUGAGGACAUCACUGGCCAGCUGGGUAACAAUGAUGACCUGAUUCUCUCCUGCUGUCUCCACUACUGCAAAGACAAGGCCAAGGACUUCAUGCCCACCAGCAAAGAGGAGCCGAUCCGGCUACUGCGGGAGGUGGUGCUAUUGACUGAUGACCGGAACCUGCGUGUGAAGGCGCUGACGAGGAAUGUGCCCGUGCGAGACAUCCCGGCCUUCCUCACGUGGGCCCAGGUGGGCUGACGGGGCCAUGCUGGGGCCCACCCCAUGGUACCGUUCCUGAGAGGCCACCAGGCACCAGUGUAGCACAGAAGAUGCCUACUGCCUGAGCCACCAAUCCACCCAGAUAAUAAACCAUCCUCUUCAACCCACGCCGUGGCCGUGCUGUGGGGGAGCUGCUCUUCCCAGAGCCCUCCCGAGGGUCAGGCCGAAGCUGCUGGGACCCUCCUGGGCUGCCAAGAUUUAGCAGGGAGGUGGCUGGCUACAGUGACAGCAGGUGGGCAAGCCACCCCCGCCGCCAGUACUCUCAGCCUUUCUCCCUCUCCCUGUCUUGUUCCAGGGCUGGGGAAGGCCUUCUUACCCCGGGGACUCAGCCACUUUCUCCGGUGGAGAUGGGGCAGGGGCUCUAGAAUCUCCAUCAGAUGCAGGCGAGAAUUACAGGUCUCCUUGAUCUCCCUCAGAACCUCUGUCCUAAAGGUGUCCGCGAGGCUUUGGUUAUGACAUGAAGACAGUGCCAGGAUGCAUCUCCAUCAUCCUGAGGCCUAGAUUUCCCCACGGGCCCAAUUUGGGUUCUGUGCACCACGACCCCACAACAGCCCUAGGCCUCCACGUUUCCUACUGCUAACCCCCCCACACCCCCACCCUGCUGCUCUUCCUCUUGCCCUUAUAAUAACCUGGGUCCCUGCACUUUGCCCCUCGUUUCCCCCUUAAAUGGUCAUGGGUCUAGAGGGAAGGACAUCUAGCCUCAGGCCCAUGCUUCCUGGGUGGCCUUCGCCCGCUCCCUCUUCCCUCUUCUUGGUCAUUCCUUUUGCUCUAGUUCCCUCUUGAGGAAAUUUCCUCAGACUUCUUAGUUCCCCCCUUCCUUCUCCUUGCCCUCCCUAAAGAACAUCCCCUCACCCUCCUUCCCUUCUAGGGGAUCCCUUCUACCUCCCUGACCCCCUCAACUUCCUCACCUCAGUUCCUUGUCAUAGGGGUUCUCUGAAUCGUCCUACUCUGCUACCUGCUUUCCCACCCCAGCCCACCCGGGCCCUGGUGCUCCGAGAAACUUCCAGGCUGGACAGCCAGCCUGCAAGGGCAAGGUGGCCCGGUGCCCAGGGGAGCAUUACCUAGCCUGGAGUCUUCAUCUUGCUUCUAGCUCUGUCCUCAACUCUCAGAGCUGACAACAGAACCCUUUGGUCUUCAAGUUCUCUUCUGCCCAUUAGUGGGUAACCAUGCCCAGAACCUCACUGAGGAGACUUCCUGCUGGGAAUGAGCUCCUCCAUCCCAGGGCCAGGGAUAAGGGGGACUUUAAGGAAAACAAGGUUAUAGGUGGAGCCAGGGGUAAAUCUUGAUGGGACCAGUGGAUGAUCCCUGGAGCCCCCCACUGUACAAUCAGCCCAGAGGCUGGGAGCUCAGCCAUGCCCUCCCUGAGGCCCAAGGUUUUGCCAGAAAGUUGGGGGCUGUGUAGGAGAGCCCAAGCCAGUGUGGUUCAGGGGUGUGCGUCCCCUAGGGCCUCUGAUCCUGGGCUCUUAGGGAUACAGGGUCCUCAGCCUCUCCUUUGAGAUCCUCUCCCCUGACGAAAGGCCAAUGACUGGGUGGGAAACCCAUCUCCUUUCUAUCCCAUUUGCAGCACUGGUUUUGUUUCCGUAAUAAAUUUUUAGUUAUGAAACAUA